ACAAUGAGGACAUUAACCGCGCUGUAUGCGUUCCUUCCUGUUCUCUUUGCAUCCGCUGCGGUCUUCGAUCAGCCGCCACCUCAGGAUGUACUCCGCAGGCCCACCGUCGAUACCCUAGCUGACCGUGACGCUAUCAUAGAGUCGCUGCUCGCUACCCACGCGGGUGAUCCUGUACAGGUUAUGCGUCUUCUAGAUCCCGAGAACGCGUCAGAACUCGAUGCGCCACGGUUGUUGCAAGUCUUUGGGGCCGAGGCAGUAUGGAUGACCGAAGGCGAUAAGCUACGCCUUCGACAGCAGGGCCUCGGGUUCAUCGACCUCACCGAUCAUCAAGAUUUGUAUGCAUGUCACGUGUCUGCUGAAUCAAUAUGGCCUAAACUACAAUAUCAAGAGAAGGUGACGUCGGUCACCAAGCUUCUGAGCAAGGACGAGAUGAAGAAGCAACUUGAGGAACUUGACUUCGUUCCUACAACCGGUAUUAUCGCUCGGAGUUUGGUGUCCAGAGUUCAGCGCUGGUUGUAUAAUCAGAUUCUGGACAUUAUCUCUACUGCCCCUCCUGGUGUCCGUCUCUCAGUCGAGACGUUCACUCACACGUUCCCCCAGCCCAGCGUCAUUGCUCGCUUUGAGCCGUUCUUUGGACGUUCUUCUCCCAAUCCAACGAUAGCCCUUCCUCGCAUCAUCACGAUGACGGCUCAGGAACGGUCACAAUCCUCGAGGCGUUCAGAGCUCUUGUCCAAUCUGGAUUCAGCGCCAGAACGCCCAGUCGAGUUCCACUGGUAUGCUGGGGAAGAAGGUGGUUUGCUAGGAAGUCAGGAGGUCGUGUCUGAGUACACGCAACUGAAGAAGGAAGUGGGCGCCAUGAUCCAGUUUGACAUGACUGCAUACGUACCAAAGGGAGAAGUUCCCAUUGUGACCUUUAUCACGACGGACGUUGAUUCGAAUCUGACGAACUGGGCGACGGCGCUUGCAGAAGAGUACAGCACGUCUGUUGUGGGCGUGCUGGUGCAGGCUCAGACCACAUGUCAUGGCAUCGAGCGGGAUUCCCUGCCAUAUUUGCGGCAGAGGGCGAUCCGUUCAGGACGUUCAACCCAUACGAUCCACACUUCGGAAGACAAGAUUGACCUUGCCGAUGGAGAGUUUUCAUUUGAGCAUGCUCUCGAAUUCGCGAAGGUUGCUGUUGGGUUCGUUGUUGAGCUCGGUGGAUGGGUCCAAUAA